UUCGUGUGGCUGCUCAGCAUUUGCUUGUGUGUAUGUGUGUGAGCGUGCGUGUGUGCGUGUCUGCUUGCGAACAAGUUGACAAUAUUUGUUUAAAUUUUCCCUUUUUUUUUUUUUAGUUAAACUGUGAGUGUCAGGGCGCGUGAGGCCAACCGGUGGAAAAGAUUCAAGAGGACUUGACGCUACAUACUCUUAAUGAAGUCGAAAAUAACACGUUUACUAACGUACAGUCCAUGAAAACAAGCCGCAUUUACGCAGUUAAAGGAAUUUCGGUGUAAUUAUCUUCAUCGACACCACCUGGAGCUCAGGUUAUCCGCAAACGUUGUUGUUGUUGUUUUUUUAAUUAGUGGCACAGUUUGAGAUAAAGUGUGCCUUCUGCGAGUCGCUCAUGUUAGCUAAUGAAGUUGUAGUAACCGUCAUUUAACAGAGUGACAUAUAAGCAGCUACUUAUUUAAAAAUGCUAAAGACGCUGACGAAGAAGCUGAGAAGACAUUCACUGAACGAGAUCCAUCCUUUCCAGCUGAAGAUUUCUUACCAUGGAGGUGGAGAGGGAGUUGAGAGUGAUGACUCAGAAGGCGAGAACCAGGAGCUCGCACAGAUUGACAGAGAGAGACGGAGAAAUUGUGCGCUCACUCCUUUGGCCACCAGCCAGCAACACAACCAGGGUCCCCUCUCUCCGGCCCGGUUACGACGCCUCCGCCUCCUUUUAGAUGCCAAUCUGGAUCGUCACUCUUCAGAGGAAGAGCUGGAGCGAAUCAUUUGCAGUGACAACAGGAAGUGGGUGUCUGCACUCCCACAGCGCCACAGCGAUCACCACAGCAGCGCCUCCAGCGACGAGGAAGUGCGGGACCUGUGUGGCUGCAGGUCACCGCCUGCUUCCUCCAGGCCGCUGGUCGAGCCCAACGCUUGCCUGGCCGCCUCCCCCAGCCCCGUGCUGUUCAGUUCCAGCCCACCACGUAGCCUCAAGCCACCCCCAAUGAGAUUUCAGCUGCAGGUGGUGCAGCCAGUUGCACGUCCCAUCAUUUUGACCCACUUUGACCAAUCAGCACCUUACAGAAAAUAUCGGCACAGCUACGGUGCAGAGCCAGGGAGACCCAGUCUGGACCUGGAAAAAAUGCAACAGAAAAUGCUGCUGAAGAAAAACUGUGGAGGAAAAACAAGAACAAUGAAGAUCCGGAAUCUGACCAGCAGCCGUCCUCCGCCGAGGUACACCUACGACCCCUCCAUCUUUGCCUUCCGCUCUCUGAGCACGCCCCCCCCGUGCAGCCCCCUGAGUCCAUCCGACGACCCUCCCUGCUCGUAAUCAGCAUCGUCCUUCCUGCCAGACACCGGCCUCUGUACCCCGCAUUCUCCGACUCUUCAUUCCCAGACAGCUUCUGCAGGAGCGACUUCUCUGAAACUGACGUUUGAUGGUGGAACUGUUGCACUCAGGUAAUCCCUCCCCAUCACUGCCACCACUGCAGAAUAAAACGGCCUAACGCAACUCUUGUGAGGACGCGCCGGGUGAUCGGAAAACAACCUGUGGACCAAGAAGGGACUAGACCAACUAUUCUAAAGCCUGAAACCAACAUCCAAGAGAGAAAAAAAGUAUGUUAGACAAUCAAUGGGUUCCAGGGUUUCUGACUCCGUAAGGUCAUGGUAACUCCCUCUUUGACGAGGUGAGACAUCUAUCUUAUCCACGUGAGACGGUCGUCACAUUUAUGUCUGAAAAACGACUUUUUUGGAUGUGUUACUGAAUAUGCAGGUCAUGUACUGUAAGGUCGAGCUAUAACAAACAUGUAUGACUGUAGUUGAUAGUCGACCUUUGAUGAUAUGUCUCUUAAUGAAUAUGUCACUUACUCGAGUUACUCGUAUCCUUCCUUGCAUGAAUUCCACGGUUUUGCAGAGAGAUCAGUGGAAAGACGUCUGAUAGUUUGCUGCACAUUCAGCUGAACGCUGCUGCGUUCUGCAUAGCCUACUUGUAGUGUGCCAUUUCUUUUUCCCAGUGUCGUACCUCAUUACUUUGUAGGUAGAAGAGGACCACUGGUCUAACUACGACGUCCCAGUGUUUCUAAAGUUCUCUUAAUGCCUUGAAAUGACAUUCCGGUUGUGAUAAAGGAAACUUGAGGUACUUCUCAGCCCCUGAAAUGAGCUGAUGAAUCCAUUAAUCACAAUGUCACCACUGUAAGUGAGAUUCUACACAAGUGAAUGUAACAUUGUGACAUGUUUUCGUCCAUUGUUGCACAAAAAUGAAUCAAUAAAAGCCCUGUGGCCUCUU